CUGGAGGGGAUUUGGGAGCCAAAAAGAAAAAGAAGAAACAGAAGAGAAAAAAGGAGAAACCAAAUUCUGGAGGCACCAAGUCCGACUCGGCAUCGGAUUCCCAGGAGAUUAAAACUCAGCAGCCUUCAAAACACAACACCAUCUGGCAGCAGAUUUCUGCGGGAGCAGCCAUGGAAUCCCACCAUCCCAAUGCAGAAGUUGCAGGACAUCCAGAGAGCAAUGGAGCUGUUAUCUGCGUGCCAGGGCCCGGCCAGGAACAUUGAUGAGGCUGCAAAACACAGAUACCAGUUUUGGGAUACACAGCCAGUACCCAAACUAAAUGAAGUCAUAACAUCUCAUGGUGCAAUUGAACCAGAUAAAGACAACGUACGGCAAGAGCCGUAUUCUUUGCCACAGGGCUUUAUGUGGGACACUUUAGACUUGGGUAAUGCCGAAGUGCUCAAGGAGUUGUACACGUUGUUGAAUGAGAAUUACGUGGAAGACGAUGACAAUAUGUUCCGGUUUGACUAUUCGCCUGAGUUCCUGUUGUGGGCUCUGCGUCCUCCAGGCUGGCUCCUCCAGUGGCACUGUGGGGUCAGAGUGUCUUCAAAUAAAAAACUCGUAGGGUUCAUAAGCGCCAUCCCAGCAAACAUUCGGAUUUACGACAGUGUGAAGAAGAUGGUAGAAAUCAAUUUUCUUUGUGUUCAUAAGAAAUUGCGAUCAAAACGGGUAGCCCCAGUGUUAAUUCGAGAAAUAACUAGAAGAGUGAACCUGGAAGGAAUCUUUCAGGCUGUGUAUACUGCUGGAGUAGUUCUUCCUAAGCCUGUGGCCACAUGCAGAUACUGGCAUCGAUCACUAAACCCCAGAAAAUUGGUAGAAGUGAAAUUUUCUCACUUGAGUAGAAAUAUGACUUUACAGAGAACAAUGAAGCUGUACAGACUUCCGGAUGUUCCAAAGACUUCAGGUUUGAGACCGAUGGAACCAAAAGAUAUCAGAGCAGUUCAAGAAUUAAUCAACGGUUACCUGAAGCAGUUUCAUCUAGCUCCAGUGAUGGAUGAAGAGGACGUAGCCCACUGGUUCCUUCCCCAGGAGCACAUUAUCGACACGUUUGUAGUGGAGAGCUCCAGUGGUAAACUGACUGACUUCCUCAGCUUCUACACGCUCCCCUCGACGGUCAUGCACCACCCCGCUCACAAGAGCCUCAAAGCUGCCUACUCCUUCUACAACAUCCACACGGAGACGCCCCUGCUGGACCUCAUGAACGACGCACUCAUUAUAGCUAAGUUGAAAGGAUUUGAUGUGUUCAACGCACUAGACUUGAUGGAAAAUAAGACAUUCUUGGAAAAACUCAAGUUUGGCAUAGGAGAUGGCAAUUUGCAGUAUUACUUGUACAACUGGAGGUGUCCAGGAACAGAUUCUGAGAAGGUUGGACUUGUACUACAGUAGAUGGAUAUUUUUAUUUCUAGAACUCUGACAUCAUCAUUUGUUAAUAUUCUAUUUAAUGAUUCCUGGAAUUGCCAUUCCAAAGAAGAAUAAAAGCACAACUUAAGUGAAACUGAAGUAGUCGACAACAAUCAGAAAAGAUGAAAAAACAUCCAUAUGUGCCAGUAGUAGGCAUUUCUAGCCAGAAUGUUAAAAUUCAUCUUUUUUCCACUGUUUACUCAUCCGUGGGAGGGAUGAAAGGGUACAAACAGCGCAUUCCUCUGUCAAAUUUUUGGCUCUCUCGAUGAAGAGAGGGUAUUUUUCCACUCUCUAGAAAAGGGACUGUUUUUGUACAGACUAUACAGAAGUGACAGAAUCAUGUAAGAAAGUCUUUGCUAUGGAAAUAAAAUGCAGCAUUUCUAUUUAUUAAGUGAUGGUAUAUUUGCCCAUGUAACAGAACAAAGGAUCCAUUUGGAAAAUUUUUACUUAAAUCACCUUAUGUGAUAUCAUUGGGACAUUUAUGGAAUCAGCACUUCUGUAACUAAUGACAAGUGGUGGAUAUGUAAGUGUGGAGAGACAGAAAAAUGUACUGGCUACCCUUACUUCUCCAUAAGCAAAGUUGCCUAAUCAGUAAACACACAGAUUUGUACACUGAUCUUCAACGGGUCAGUGGACUGUUUCAAAGUUUGUGCAAGCAUUCAGUGUGCUCUCUGUAAGAGCGUUCACCCAUGACUAGACUUUGCUGCUGCUGUGCAAACUUGUUUCUUCUCAGCAACAUCAAGGAUGUGUGAGGAAAAGAAAAUAAAAGCUCUCACGUAAAAAGAAAUGCCCAGUGGAAUUUAUUAGUACUAUCAGGACAUUGAUAGUUUGAAUGUUUUUAUUACUUAUGCAAAAUUGCACAUCUUCCUUUAUGUGACUUUAAUUUAUCAUGGACACUGUCAUGCAAAUGAAAAAUGUCUUAUUUGUAAAUAAGUAUUCAUAAUUUUGUUACUGAUGGUGUUUUUAUCUAGAAUUUGAAAAACAAAGUUUCACAGUGUACAUAUCUGUGUAUAUAUUGCCAGUACUCCAAGGGGAAAAAAAAGAUGCUGAACAAGGCCACACAGACUGGCCUUGACUCAAAUAUAAAGUAGAUCCUUCUUCCUGCCUUUACUGUACCAGUGCCUAGGCCGUUCAGUCCAGAAAAGUUAAUAAUUUUAGAAAACACGACAGCAUUUCCUUCAUGUUUUAAGUAGUCCAGUAAGACCGAUCACAUCUUAUACCAGGGAGGGCUACCAAACUAUGGCCCAUGGACCAAAUCCGGCCCACCGCUUUUUUUGUGUGUGUGUGUGUAGCCCAUGAGCUAAGAAUAGUUUUUAUUUUUUUGAAAAGCUGGGGAAGAAAGUCAAAAGAACAUCAUUUUCUGACACAUCAAAAUUAUACGAAAUUCAAAUUUCAGCCUCCAUAAAUAGUUUUACUGGAACACAGCCACAUUUUCCUUGAUGUGCUGCCUGUGGCUGUUUCAUGCUACAAGGUCAAGUUGUGACAGACCACAUGGCCUGCAGAGCCUAAAAUAUUUACCAUCUGGCCCUUUACAGAAAAAGCUUGUUAACCCUGAUUUACACUACGGAGUUGAAAGCUACUUUCUGUACCUUGCUAUUAUCCUAAAGACCAACCCGUGGCUAUGGCAUCCCUGAGACUACCACUAGAGGGGGCACUUGAGCCCCAGAGCAGUGCACAAUUAGGGCCAGCACUGUUCUAGACACAUGCAAGACUUAUGAUGGUUCAAACCUAUUACCAUUCUUAACAGGGGAAAGGCCUCAAGAAACAAAAUCGUACCAAUUCACCGUUCCUUUAAAGAUACAUUUUUUACUUAUUUUUAAGUACAUUAAUAGCCACAUUUGCCUCUAUAAUUUAAGAUUACCAAUGAACAUUUUAAAAUAGAAAAUCAAUAACUGCCUGUUUAUAAAGUACCUAUUAAAACUAAACUUAAAUGCAAUAUAAACUGUCUCAAAGGUUCAAAAAAAAUACAUUGUUCUCUUUGUCUGUAAUGAAAAUACUCCACUCCAUACCUUUUUUUUUCUUUGCCAAGAAGACACUAAGUAAAAUUUAAAUGAAGAGGCAGCAUAUAAUUUGAGUCAACCAAAAAAUUUUGGUAAUCCAAUACCUUCCCCCUAAAUUACAGAAAGUGACUUUUCCAAACAAACUAUAAACACUUUAACAAAAAGCAUUCAUUAUGCUCCAUUUCCUAACCACAAGGACCCCACCUCUGAGAACCCAAGCUGCUGUUUUAUUAUUCUUCUUGCCACACUUCACCUCAUUACAGCCUACGUUUUACACAUAUUAAAUUUCCAAGACAGAAAAUUAACCAUUUAAAAGGGUGAAUUCUAACUAGUCAAAAUACCUCACCUGCCUUUUCCAUAGCCUUUCCCAACUCUGUGUCUAUGCGUACCUACAAAGGUCAAAUUGACGAAGAAAAAAACGAUGUAUUGCUUCUGAAGACAAUGUAUUGCUUGGCAUUUAGUAUCUUUCCUUUCAAACUGAUGCUUCUCCAAUCCAGUUUCAUCUACCCUCCUGACUAGGACCAUGUUUACUGUGGCAUAUUUUCAAGUUUGAUAGAGAAAUGUUAAGUGUUAUAGGACACAGAUGUUCUUGCUUACAAGCAUUGUACCAGCCUUCAAAAACGUGAAUUUAUAUAAGCAUGGACAUUAGUUUCAAUAAACUUUUGUUUUGAUA